UUGGUAGAAAAUGUAUAUCUAUGAUUGGAGCAACCACGCAGCCGUUCCAAUUUAAAUUUUUAAUGCAACAGUCAUUAUCUGCUCAACAGUCGGUCGCUUUCAAACGGAUUCUUUGUGUAUUGUAUAGAGUAUUUCUUUCUUAAUUCGUUAUUAGUGUAUAAUUUUUACGCAGUUUAAAAUGUCGUCUAAUGCAGAAAAUGAUAAGAACACCAUUCCAGAUAUUAUUAUCGACAAAACCAGGAAAUGCAGCUAUCAAAGAUUACGGUUCUUUGGAAAAGGAGGUUUUGCAAAAUGCUACGAGAUCCAGCAUACUGGUACAAAAGAAGUGUUUGCAGGCAAGAUAGUGCCCAAGUCCAUGAUGACUAAAUCAAGUCACAAAGAGAAGAUGGCUCAAGAGAUAUCCAUUCACCGCUCACUGUCUCACAAACAUGUCGUAGGCUUCCACAGCUUCUUUGAAGAUGUUUCUAACAUUUACAUAGUGCUAGAGCUGUGUAAAAGACGGUCCAUGAUGGAGCUCCACAAGCGGCGGAAAGCGAUCACGGAGCCAGAGACUCGGUUCUUCAUGCAUCAGAUCCUGGAGGGCGUGCGCUACCUGCACAGCCACCGCAUCAUCCACCGCGACCUCAAGCUGGGGAACCUGUUCCUCAAUGACGAACUACUCGUCAAGAUCGGCGACUUUGGACUCGCCGCUAGAAUUGAAUUUGAUGGAGAGAGAAAGCAGACUGUUUGUGGAACACCUAACUACAUUGCACCAGAGAUACUGACUAGGAAAGGUCACUCUCUGGAAGUAGACAUUUGGAGCUUGGGUUGUAUCAUGUACACAUUGCUCGUCGGGAAACCCCCCUUCGAGACCUCAUCUCUGAAGGAUACCUACAAGAGAAUAAAAGAGUGUGAAUACAGGGUCCCGUCGUCGCUGCGCAAGCCCGCGGUGGAGAUGAUCGUGAUGCAGCUGCAGGAGGACCCGCUGAAGCGCCCCUCCGUGGACAAGCUGCUGCAGCACCAGUUCUUCACGUCGGGCAUCAUGCCCGCCGCGCUGCCGCUCUCCUGCCUCACCACCGCCCCGCGCACGGACCAGCUCGAGAAACUCGCGCUCCAGCGACGUCCGCUACAUGAAAUCAAUUCUAAUGACGAUGGACAUCGCGAUGAAAAGAUCUCGGUGCCCAAUGGACUUGCGGAGACUCAGUCGAUCCGACAGCACCUAUUAUCUCUACGAGAACAGCUCGUCAAAUUGCUCUCUAGUAAGCUUAAGAACCGGCGACAACUGCUGACGGACGAGCUGAGCGACCCGGCCGCGCAGCCGCUCGUGUGGAUCAGCAAGUGGGUGGACUACAGCGACAAGUACGGCUUCGGCUACCAGCUGUGCGACGAGUCCGUCGGCGUCAUGUUCAACGACACCAGCAAGAUCGUCAUGCUCGCCAACGGAGUAAAUGUACACUUCAUCACUCGCGAAGGUCAAGAAAUUUAUUUAACUAUGGAUGAGUACCCACCUGAACUCACUAAGAAAAUGAAGCUUCUGAGUUACUUCAGGAGAUACAUGAGUGAUUACCUCAUGAAAACAGGCGCGUCGGCGGUGGUGCGCGAGAGCGACGGGCUGUCGCGGCUGCCGCAUCUGCACCAGUGGUUCCGCUCCACGCUGGCCGUCAUCAUGUACCUCACCAACGGCACUCUGCAGAUAAACUUCCAAGACCACACAAAGAUAAUACUGUGCCCGCUGAUGCAAGCCGUGACGUACAUAGACGUAGAGAAGAACUUCCGAACAUUCCGCUUCAGCACCAUCGAGAAGUACGGAUGCGACCAGAAGCUGUACAACAACCUCGCGUAUGCUCUAGACAAACUAAACUCGGUGCUCGGCUUUCCGAUGUGCCCGGUGAUGGCGUUCAGUUAGAGGACGUCGCCGGCGCCCGCCUCGCCUCGGGCA